CGCCUCCUGCCUGCUGUGGCGAUGCAGCCGAUCUCCAUGGAGCGAGCCCUUUCCCCGGCCGCCCUCACGGAUUGCUGUAUCUUUUACCCGGCUCCUUGCACCAAGUUCCGUGAGGCGGCUCCAGCCGGGAAGCGGGACUUCACGGUGGAGUUCCUACUCUCCAAGCCUCCCCCCGAGAGAGCAGCCUGCACUGAGCACAGCCUCCAGCCCUACCCCUGUGUCCCACUGCCGGCCUGCUGCCCUGCCCUCUGCCAGUCUCCAGGAUACUACCCUGCACCCUGGCACAACUGUUUCGCCAUGUACCGUGCAGAUUGGAGGUUCAGUCCAGCUCCCCUGGUAUGCCCCAGCCCUGUCAGAGAGGUCAAGUUAAAACGCUACAGGGCUAUCUUCACCCAAGAGCAGCUUGCAGUGUUGGAGAGGGAGUUCAAGAAAAACCGCUACAUCGUCGGUCCUCAGAGGGUGACCUUAGCUGCUGCUGUGGGCCUUACAGUACUCCAGGUGAAGGUUUGGUUUCAAAACAGGCGGAUCAAGUGGAAGAGGGACACUGAGAAAUGUCAAACUGGACGAGCGGUGUGUGAGGAAGGAGACGUGGAAGAUUCUCAAGAUGGACACUGACCUAUUAACCACAGGAAAGGCGAGUGAUCUCCCAGAGAGGGAAGUGAGAUCCUCUGAGAACAUCAGUCAUUUGGGGAUUUCCAUUUGUUCAAUUUCACGUUUUCUCAAAUGAACUGUUAUACUUCUGUACACAAAAGAAACUGAGACUUGUUAAACAAGAUUGAUCAUCUUAUGAAUGUCUGGUUGGGUGUAUGGAGCUCCGUUCUAUGGAGAU